AUGGCUGGUCAGGAGAACCACCAGUCUACGCACAACGGAAAUGCUCCUCCGUUUAAUCUACACGAACUACAGGAACUCACAAAUGAGGGUUUGGACGGAGACAAUAAUGCCUUUAGCCAGUAUAUCUCUAACUCGGAUGGUUUCACAACAAGCAAUCAAACCAACAGUCGUUUCUUGCAACCUCCUAGGGGCAUACAAAACCAGAAUCCUCUCCGUUUUUCUCAAGCUAGCCAAGGGUUCACAAAUCAGACUCCUCACGGCGUUCCAAAUCCGUCCCUCUACGGCUUUCCGAAUCAGACUCCUUACGGCCUUCCCAGUCAGACAUUCGGUUAUACGAAUCCAGUUGCUCAGAGAUUUCCGAGUCAGGCGACCCAGAGCCUCAUGGACACCCAUCGGGUUGGUGAUCAGCGAACCAACUUGACCAGAUCCCUCAAUGCUUCAUUUGGGGACGAAAAUGAGUCUCCUCCUAGUUUCAUCCGCGCGAAGAGACCUGAUAUCUAUACCCAAGCACCAAGGAGUGCGAAGCAGACCCCGAAUCACGGAAAUAUAAGUUCCCAAUCCCAGUCUAAAACUUACCAGCAAGCGCCAGGCCUUACUGGUACCCCACAGAGUGAAUCUCCACAGGUUACCCAGGCUCGAGUAUAUUCCAAUCCACGUCAGAGACCUAGUUCGAACCCAUCGCAGCAGCUCCACGCCGCCUCCUAUCCCGUUCCGGAAAGCCCCCAAUCAGACUCCAGGAUUGCUACUCCUGCUAUCACCAUCAAGUACCCAAAUGACAAUGAUCUGCUCUCCAAACCGGCUCCUCCAGUCUCCCAAAUUCCUGGCACAUUUGGCGAAUGGCAAGGCUACUUUCAAAACUAUGCUGCCGCUCACGCCUGGCGCAAUCGUCCAGCCUGGACUCUCGAGCCGGAUCCCUCUGUGCCCCGUACUGACGCCGAGAAACUACAAUACGUCAAGCUCGUGGCCACCGCCAUUGUCGACAUCAGCGAGAUCAAAGAUCGCCCAGACGCCAAAACCCAGUUGAUCCCACGUUUUACGGAGGGCAAGUACCCUCAGCAAGACGUCGAAGCAGGCGCCUGGCGCAUCGUUGAAGACACGGUCCGCCUGCACACAUACGGCGCCGUGGCCUACCUACACCCCAACGCCAACUCGUCCACCCUGACCGACCGCGAUCUGUCCUUUACCGCACGUAUUGCCUCCAUCUGCAAGAACCUCCGCCAGUUCAAGAGCCUGUGCCAGCGCGCCAUGGGCAACGAGAACAUCGUCAACCUGAUCCAGGGCCCCAAGAAGCAGCUCCGACGAAACCUUCAAAACGUCACCAACAACGAGACCAAAAGUGAACGUCUCAAGAUGCUCAGCACAAAGAAAUUCCAGGCCCUCACCGCUGCCGAAAAAGCCGCGCUGAGCGACAUGACGGGCAUCAAGAAACGCAAGCCCUCGCGUCGUUCCCGUGGUGAAACCGCGUCUGCGCUCGACGACGACGAUGACGACUCCUUCGGCCACGACCCGGAGCUCGACUCGGAGGGCGAAUUCAAGCCACCCCUGCCGUCGAAGCGUACACGCAGAACCACCGACACACUAACCGGCCCUGUCACCCGUCGUCGCUCGCAGAUGCAGCAGCAACAAGAGCAGCAGCGCCAGCCGAAGCAGCACCAAAGCGACCUCACCGCCACAUCUUCGCCUCCGCCCUUCAACAUCCCCGCAGGCCCCUCGACGGCACUCCGCUCGCACCCAGCGCACAACCUGCGCCAGACCCAGACCCAGACCCAGACCCAGACCCAGACGGGCCACAGCACCGCGCCCUACACGGGCUUCCCGAUCGUUGCAAAUCCGGCAUAUGGAUUCAAUAACAACAAUAGCAGCAGCAGUGGCAAUAACAACAACAAUAACAGUAGCAGCGACGGCGGUAUCCACGAUGACAUUCCGCAGACGUGGUCGUACGCCGAUCAGACGUUCGGCAACAACAUGCCUGGCGGCGCGGGCUCCGAGAGCCGGUUUGGAUUUGGAGGAGAUGGCACUAUGGACCAGUACGAGUUGCCACAGGCUGAUGAUACUGAUGGCUUUGGUGAAGAGGUGUUUGAGCGCUUUUAUGGCGAGUAG